UGGGUGAGAAGCGAGAGCGGCAGUUUCUGCAAUUGCUGAUCAGGAUGGCAAAUUCGCUUGAGGAUUUCUCUCAAUUUGAUAUCUCCAAAGAGGAAAAAGAUAAGCUUGUUGCAGAAGUGAUCCGCUAUGUCCUCUACAAAACUUAUCAGAGCUCAGGAUGCCCAAUUAAAAGGGAAGAACUUACUCAACUUAUAACUAAAAACUAUCGGCAGCGGGGUCUUCCUUCCCUGGUUAUAAACGAGGCAAGAGAGAAGCUCUCAAGCAUCUUUGGUUAUGAAAUGAAGGAACUCCAACGUGUUCGUUCGUCCACAAAUCAGGGCCAGUCUUCUCAACACAGUCUUGUCGAUGCAAAAUCAUAUGUUAUCAUAAGCAAGAUACCUCCUGAGGUGUACAGAAAACACGUUGAGAAUACAAAGACUUUUUCAUCUUCUGGUUUUACUUUUGCUGUCAUCGGUAUUGUACAUCUUGCUGGGGGCAAAAUCUCUGAGGAAGAUCUAUGGGAUCAGUUGAAGCGCAUGGGAUUACAUGAUAGUGAUGAAGGGCAUCCAGUCUUUGGGAACAUUAAGCAACAAUUGGAGUCUCUUGUCCAGCAAAGAUAUCUGCAGAAGGAUAAAGUCAAUAAUGUGGAUGGAAGUAGUAUAGUUUUUGAGCUUGCGGAGAGAGCAUUGGAUGAUUCAGUUAUUGGGAGAGUGAAAGAAUACAUAGGACAGAUCAUGAAGAAAGAUGAUGCCUCUGAGGAAAUUGACUGAUGCACCAUCUUUUACUUAAAUGUCAUUCAGAACUGUUCAUGAUCAAUUUUCCAGAUGGUGAGAAUCCUCUUUUGUGUUUUGACUAGACCUAGUAGGAAUUUCUUCAUCAUGGAGA